CGGUACACAAGAAAUAUAAUGCAUGUCCUUGUUGGAGAAAGUUGCCUCACCCCUUGAUGCCGACAUAGCACUGUCUCAAAAGCUAUCUGAAAUUCCCAAUUUUUAUGCUACUUCAGAUCGAGUUGGUGCUGUGUUGGAUUUCUCCUCAUAGUGUGUAUAUUAGAUUCUCCGUCCCUAUUUCAUAUCCACCCGGGACCUUGAAUUUGCUCAUUGCUAUUUUCAGAAACUUUACCUUGUUGAACUUUCUUCUUCGCCUUAUCAAGCUACAGACUUCUUAAGAUCGUUUAAGAUACCUUGGAACACACUGCCACCAAAAUGACAAUGAAAAUGGAACCUUCAUCUCGAAAAAACUCAUCUGUUAUGGAAAUUCCGUCACUUGUCAACAAAGCCGAAGAUGUUGUGACCCAGAAAAUGGAUAUACUCAUGAUCCUGAAUCCUUUGGAAGUCAAAGCAAAAACAGAAGAACCCGCUGACAACGACUCGAAGGAUUCCAAAAUGGAUGUUGACACUCAGCGUGAGCCGUCGCACUACAUAGAGCAACCAAGACCGAUAACCAGCGGGCUUUCCACUUUAAUCCAAUACCAAGCCCAGCUCGGAAGUCUGGAAAGCCAUACUCGUGCCCGUCUCAACGCUGCACGAAGAUCAAGAACGCAACUUCCGCCGGCUCCUAUUAAUCGUCGUCCUCUGGCGUUCACCCCAAUAAAUGCAAGCCAUAGAUACACAAACCAGUACUCUCUACCCCCGAUCUAUUCUCCCCACGAUAAGGAAUAUCACUCUUCACCUCCGGUUCAUCGCCGUCGUCAUGAUCACCAUCAUAAUGUUAAUCAUCGUCACCAUUCUCAAUCAGUUUCUGCUCCCAAUAGGAAGAGGGCUCGCAGCAACAAGGCUUACUCGAUUGAAGAAGUUGAUUUUAUCCGCUACCACAAAGAAGAUUUGAACAAGACCUGGGACGAGAUUCUAUCUUUCUUCAAGAGAUAUUUCGUUGACAGAGAUACGGAGCAAAGUCUUUCGUCGAGGUACUACAGAGAUAAUUGCUUCAAGAUGUACGAUGCUGAUGGCAGGCCAAUGCAAGAUGAAAAUGGAAAGAUUAGAACGUUUUCAGCCAAGGUUAGACAAAGAGGAACACCGGCUGGAAGAGAAGAAGCUUUACCAUAUACCCUCGUGCAAAAGCAUCCAGAAAGAGCCAUGAGGUACCCUUGGGUGUCAGAGCAACACAAGGUUGAAGCACAAAGACUAGCGGCCGAGAUGACAGACCUAGAGCGAGGUAUGUGUUUUCCUUCGUUCGCACCCUCCGACUACCUAUGAAUGCGUAGUACAACAGGAAGCUAAUACCCAUGGCAGAGAUCUUCAAUUCGCAGAGAGUGCUGCAGUUGAGAAACGAUGAAAUAGCAAGUGGCAUAGCUCAAGGUAGACAAGAAUCCGCGAACGAGUCCAUGGAUGAAUCCAGCAAUUACGAGGGCUCAUCUACAGCAUCAAGUCCUCAAAUCACACCACGAUCUUCCCCUUGAAUGGCCUUUGGUUCAUUCUUGCGUCUACACAUACGUUUUUGGAAAAUGGAAAAUGGCAGGUACUGUGGUGGGCGUUGAAAGGAGUUAAUGGACUCCUAAUUACCCGGAUUCACAAUGAGACUGUUGAUUCCCGUUUAGUAUUUUAGUACAAAUGAUAUAUUGGUAUGCUUGACUACUAUUAUCGAGAAAUGUGUUUUUUGUGGGAAUGUUGGUGUGCUUAAUGGCACAAUUCUGCUAGGUCGUACAAAAUUAUGACAACGAAAUGACUUCACCAA